UCCCAUGAUGCAUUGCGUGAUCCGUUGCUAGGAUACAGUCAAUUCCUCCCGUUAGCCGCUAACACGACGCUCACGCAUUUAUCCAGCUAGACGCGUUUCCACUGAGUUCAGACUGUUAGACAGACAUUUAAAACAUAUCAGGAAAGUUAGUUUACGCGUCCAUAUCGGCGCUUUAACCCCCGCACAUCGCGCUGUAGGACGGUUUAAAGCCUCCGGAGGCCCGGUCCGUUGUUAGCUGUCCGUUGCUUGGUGGCCAAAGCUAAACGGUUAAAUAACCGGUAGAUAAAUGCCUGUAAACGUCGUUCAGCUCUGUCGGUGAUCUGUCGGUGUCAUAUGGAGCGAGCUAACCGGGGCAGAGGCACGAUAGUCCUGAAGAACCAGCUGUACGACGAGAGCUUGGAGGUGGUCGACUCCGAGGAGGUAGCGAGCGUCCGCAGCCCGACUCCCCGCAGCCAGCGUCAGUCAGAGUCCAGGCGGAACAGGAGGGGGCGUGGCCUGAUGUCAGCCAAUAGCAGCAGCGACGAGUUCGACGAGGACCACAAACCUCAGCGGCCCGCAGAGCCGAUCAACGGACAGCCCGGGGUCAGCCCCGAGGAGGAGGAGGAGGAGGACGACGACGACGACGAUGAUGACGACGAUGAGGACGAAGACGACUCUGACGAAGAGGAUACGGACGACGACGACGGCGAGGCUCCGGAGGGAGCGUACGACCCCGCCGACUACGCCAACCUGCCCGUCAGCACCGAGAUCAAAGAGCUGUUCCAGUACAUCACACGCUACACUCCUCAGUCGGUGGAGCUGGAGCACAGCCUGAAGCCGUUCAUCCCGGACUUCAUCCCCGCCGUCGGCGACAUCGACGCCUUCCUGAAGGUGCCGAGGCCGGACGGUGAAUCAGACGGUCUGGGGCUGCUGGUUCUGGACGAGCCCAGCGUGAAGCAGUCGGACCCCACGGUGCUGUCGCUGUGGCUGUCAGAGGAGACCAAACAGCACGGAGCCACCGAGCUGAAGAAGGUGACGAGCGUGGCGAGUCCUCAGUCGAACCCUCGUGCGGUGGACAGCUGGGUGGAGAGCAUCAGCGCGCUGCAUCGCUCCAAACCUCCGGCCAGCGUGCAGUACGGCCGGCCGAUGCCGGACAUCGACAGCCUGAUGCAGGAGUGGCCGGCGGAGCUGGAGGAGCUGCUGGGCCGCCUGCAGCUGCCGCCCGCCCGCCUCCGCUGCGGCCUGGCCGAGUACGCCGACGCCGUCUGCGGCCUGCUGGACAUCCCCGUCUACGGCAGCCGCAUCCAGUCUCUGCACCUGCUGUUCAGCCUCUACCUGGAGUUCAGAGACUCGCAGCACUUCACACGCAGGACGUAGAGAAACAUCUGCAUCACGGCUGCUCGUGUUCAGACAACAUGUGACUUCUAGAUUUGUUUGUUGUUGUUUUCAGUUUGAUUCUUUUGUUUCAUGUCUCUUCAUACAGACCUGUAUAUAUAUUCUGCUGUCAAAUAAAGACAAUAAUCCUUUAAAAAGUGUUUCAGACGCGUUUCUGAAGCUGAAGCUUCCUGUUUACUCAUUUAUUCAGUUUCUGAUGAGUCAUCAUGUCUGUUAUAUUUAAUAAAUCAUUAAUAAAAAAUAAUAAAAGGCUGCAGUCAAUAUUUUUUUAAUUAAUGGAUUUUCUUUCUUUAUGUGCAAAAGCAGCAAAAAUGUAAUUGUGACGUUCAGAGGUUAAAAUAAAUAAAUAAAUAAUAAAUAAA